ACUUUCACUUUCAGUUGGUGUCGUACUCUGUGUAUAUAAGGACGGAGCAGCGGUCCUGAUUGAGACACAGCUCCACCAAAGCCCUGUUGAGAACUUCUGACUCUCAAAAAUGUCUGAAAACCGACAUUUACGCUACCAUGGACCUGAAGAAGAACCUGAUGAAGAAUGUGGUAGACUUUAUACCAAAAAGAAUUUUACUAUUUCAAGUGACAUAAAUAAGAAAUUAUUAAAAAAGGAAACAUGGAAAUGCAAACAGGAUAUUGCAAAAAAACCAAAAGUACAACUUGCAUCAGUUGAUGCUAAUGUAGGCAACAUCAUAGACAUGAUUGACACAUUUGACAGACCAGGAAACACCAAAGCAGAAGGAACCUAUGCUGGAGCUGGAACAUAUGCGUCAGGUUUAGAAGACAAACCAGGAAAGAGGAUUCCCAAGGCUGGAGCUUAUGCAGCAGCAGGAGUUGGACGAGCUCGUGCUGAACUCAGUGUACUCGAGGCUGAAGCCAAAGGUCCCAACGCCUCAGCUGGAGCUGAAAUGAGUUGGGUUGGAUCCGGAGCAAUGGCUCGAGCUGAAAUUGCCAGUGCAUCGGCUAAAGCCGGUCCAGUUGGUGUGAAACUGGGACUUGGAUUUGAUACGGGUGUAUCUGCUGGAGUGGAUGGGUUGGAGGCCAAAUUCCUGGGAACUGGAUUCUCAAUUGGUCCAAAAACCAGUGUAUCUGUUCUGGGUUCAGAAGUGUCUUGUGUAGUCAUGUAGUCACACAUGCAUUAAUUAACUUUGAAUAUUUGCAUGUACAUUUUACUACAGAACCACAAAAACAGAAACCUUAAAAAAUCUUUUAAAAAAACUUUACACAGUUUUAACGCAGGAUUAGUAUUGUUGAUGAGCUAUAAAUACAAGUAUUAAACUUUAACAAUAUGGAAACAUAACAUUUUUAUUUUACACUUUAUAAUCCUACAACUGUUGAGACUUUUGUUUUCAUUUAAGUAUAAAUGUUUUUAUUUAGUUAUGCAGGUAUGUGUAUUGCUUUUCUCUAUACUGUAAUUCCCUAUGUAUAAAUCUAGUGCAAGCAUUAGUUCAGACAGGCCACGUAGGCAUAGCUCAGUGUCAGCUGACCAUCAGAUGUUCAUCUCUCCAAUCACAAUGAUUCUCCUCUUAUGCGUAUAUAUAUGUGGCACUGUUACACACUUCCAGCUUAGCCCACAUCAGUAGGCUUUCCUAUUUCCUCUAACUGUAUGUUCUGCACUUUUGCUGUUUGUUGUUUUCCUUCCUUCCUUUCCUUCCUUCAUUCACCAUCUCCAUUCAUAUCUUUCACUGCAUUAUUUGUACAUGUAAUUGUUCAAUGUUAUGCUGAUGGUUCUGGGGGGUUAUUACAGGCCCAGCUAAUCUUUAUCAUUGUACAGCUGAACCCUCAUAUGGAAACAUACCACCAAACCAAAUGUUGUAUAUUAAUAACAAUAAAUAUGUUUCAUUGCCAAAGUGGUCCUGACUGAACUGUAAUGUGUUCACUGAACUUUCUUUUGUGUAAACAUUCUAGCAUCUGUAUGUGUCUUUCCAUGAAUUUCAAUGAUGAUUAGCUGUUUAUUAUUAAUUAAUUAUUUCAUCAUUAUGGCAAAAGAUAUAAAAAGGUAAAAUAAGUUAUUAUUCUGUGAUAAAAGCCAUGAACUAGUAGCCUACUAAUGAGUGCAGAAUUAUUAGACAAGUUGAUUUUCUGAUCAUAUUUUUUCCAGGCACAUCUUACCAAUUCUAAACCACAUUAAUCCGAAUAAUACUAUUAAUUUUGUAUUUAAUCAUUUAUAAGUGAUGUGAUGGCACUUUUGUUUUGGGAGCGUGGUGAUUAGAUUCCCCUCCUAUGAUAUAACUUGACGGGCAGUUCAUUGGCUGCACCUGCUUCUGUGACGCUCCUUUAAAAGAGAUUGUUAGAUGUGUUUGUAUGGGAACUUGGGUUUUGGAGGUUUUGUUUGAGUUCACUUAUGCUUUUGGUUUUUCACAUUUUGCUCUGUCUUUGGUCUUGCUUUGAUUCUCCAUGUUGUUUUUGCUUUAAGUUUUGCUUUUGCAUUUUUCAAACAGCACAUUACAGAUUCAUUCAGACACCUUGCCUUACACACUGACGAAACUGAUGCAUAAACAUUGUUUUCAUUUUAUUUUUGGCAUAAAUUUUUGGUUAAUAAAGAUUUUUCCAUUUGAGCUCA